CUCAAUCAGACACAUCACAUAUCUCACAUAUCAACCGCAGUCAUGGCCUCACCUCAGCAAAUCCGUACCACCACCACCGAUCUCUUGAAGAUCAACCACCCCAUCAUGCUUGCUGGCAUGAACGUCGCCGCUGGCCCGAAGCUUGCCGCCGCCGUCACCAACGCUGGCGGUAUCGGUGUCAUUGGCGGUGUCGGUUACACUCCCGACAUGCUCCGCGAGCAGAUCGCCGAGCUCAAGGGCUUCCUCAAGGACAAGAACGCCCCAUUCGGUGUCGACCUUCUCCUUCCUCAGGUCGGUGGCAACGCGCGCAAGACCAACUACGACUACACCAAGGGUAAGCUCGAUGAGCUGGUCAACAUCAUCAUCGACUCCGGCGCCCGGCUCUUCGUCUCCGCCGUCGGUGUCCCACCCAAGCACGUUGUCGAGCGUCUCCACGGUGCCGGCAUCCUCUACAUGAACAUGAUCGGUCACCCCAAGCACGUCAAGAAGUGCCUCGAGCUCGGUGUCGACAUGAUCUGCGCGCAGGGUGGCGAGGGCGGUGGACACACUGGUGAUGUUCCCACCACCAUCCUUAUCCCUGCCGUCGCGGAGCUCGUCAAGGGCCACAAGAGCCCUCUGACUGGCCAGCCCGUCCAGGUCAUCGCUGCCGGUGGUCUCUACAACGGUCAGAGUUUGGCGGCUGCCUUGGCACUCGGUGCCAGCGCCGUCUGGAUCGGUACCCGCUUCGUUCUUUCCGAGGAAGCCGGUGCUCCCCGCGCCCACCAGGAAGCCGUCCGCACCGCUGGUUUCGACGACAACAUCCGCACCAUCAUCUUCACCGGCCGCCCGCUCCGUGUGCGCGCCAACCCUUACAUCAAGAACUGGGAGGAGAACCGCCAGGCUGAGAUCAAGGAGCUGACCUCGGCCGGUCACAUCCCCGUGGAGCACGACCUCGAGAAGAUGGGCGACGACCUCGACGACGAGACCAUGGACAACGCCCGACCUUUCCUCAUGGGCAAGGCCGCCGCCGUCGUCAACGAGCGCAAGAGCGCCAAGGUCAUCAUCGACGAGAUGGUCGGCGAUGCCGUGCAAUGGAUCGACACCCUCAAGUCGUCGGUCGUUGGCAAGAGCCGAUUGUAGAGGACGAAAGAAGUCGGAGGAAUAGGAGUAGAAGCGAUCUUUUGUGUAUGAUGCCUAUUGAUAACCAAAUUCUAUGAUAUAUGUGUUCAUCUUCCACCAACGUUUUCUUCGAUCGAGCCUUCGAUGGACUAUGUCUACACUAGUGGGAUGUAUCAGACCUU